AUGAGAGUGAAGGAGGUGGAAAGGAGGGGAAGGAGGAUCAGAGAGGAGGACAGAGGAGCAGAGAAGGAGUACAGAGGAGCAGUGAGGAGGACAGAGGAGCAGAGAGCAGGUCAGAGGAGCAGAGAGGAGGACAGAGGAGCAGAGAGGAGGACAGAGGAGCAGAGAGGAGGACAGAGGAGCAGAGAAGGAGGACAGAGGAGCAGAGAGGAGGACAGAGGAGCAGAGAGGAGGACAGAGGAGCAGAGAAGGAGGACAGAGGAGCAGAGAGGAGGACAGAGGAGCAGAGAGGAGGACAGAGGAGCAGAGAGGAGGACAGAGGAGCAGAGAGGAGGACAGAGGAGCAGAGAAGGAGGACAGAGGAGCAGAGAGGAGGACAGAGGAACAGUCAGGAGGUCAGAGGAGCAGAGAGGAGGACAGAGGAGGACAGAGGAGCAGAGAGGAGGUCAGAGGAGCAGAGAGGAGGUCAGAGGAGCAGAGAGGAGGUCAGAGGAGCAGAGAGGAGGACAGAGGAGCAGAGAGGAGGUCGGAGGAGCAGAGAGGAGGACAGAGGAGCAGAGAGGAGGACAGAGGAGCAGAGAGCAGGUCAGAGGAGCAGAGAGGAGGACAGAGGAGCAGAGAGGAGGACAGAGGAGCAGAGAGGAGGUCAGAGGAGCAGAGAGGAGGUCAGAGGAGCAGAAAAGAGGACAGAGGAGCAGAGAGGAGGACAGAGGAGCAGAGAGCAGGUCAGAGGAGCAGAGAGGAGGACAGAGGAGCAGAGAGGAGGACAGAGGAGCAGAGAGGAGGACAGAGGAGCAGAGAAGGAGGACAGAGGAGCAGAGAGGAGGACAGAGGAGCAGAGAGGAGGACAGAGGAGCAGAGAAGGAGGACAGAGGAGCAGAGAGGAGGACAGAGGAGCAGAGAGGAGGACAGAGGAACAGUCAGGAGGUCAGAGGAGCAGAGAGGAGGACAGAGGAGGACAGAGGAGGACAGAGGAGCAGAGAGGAGGUCAGAGGAGGUCAGAGGAGCAGAGAGGAGGUCAGAGGAGCAGAGAGGAGGACAGAGGAGCAGAGAGGAGGUCGGAGGAGCAGAGAGGAGGACAGAGGAGCAGAGAGGAGGACAGAGGAGCAGAGAGCAGGUCAGAGGAGCAGAGAGGAGGACAGAGGAGCAGAGAGGAGGACAGAGGAGCAGAGAGGAGGUCAGAGGAGCAGAGAGGAGGUCAGAGGAGCAGAAAAGAGGACAGAGGAGCAGAGAGGAGGACAGAGGAGCAGAGAGGAGGACAGAGGAGCAGAGAGGAGGACAGAGGAGCAGAGAGGAGGACAGAGGAGCAGAGAGGAGGUCAGAGGAGCAGAGAGGAGGUCAGAGGAGCAGAGAGGAGGUCAGAGGAGCAGAGAGGAGGACAGAGGAGCAGAGAGGAGGACAGAGGAGCAGAGAGGAGGUCAGAGGAGCAGAGAGGAGGUCAGAGGAGCAGAGAGGAGGACAGAGGAGCAGAGAGGAGGACAGAGGAGCAGAGAGCAGGUCGGAGGAGCAGAAAAGAGGACAGAAGAGCAGAGAGGAGGACAGAGGAGCAGAGAGGAGGACAGAGGAGCAGAGAGGAGGACAGAGGAGCAGAGAGGAGGUCAGAGGAGCAUAGAGGAGGUCAGAGGAGGAGCAGAGAGGAGGAGCAGACACAGGUAA